CGCGUUUGUUUAUUGAUUCUUCCGCAACAGAAAAUAAAGUUUUUAAAAUGGAAAAUGAAACUAAAGAUUGUCCCGUUGAAACUAUAGAAUCGUUAACGAAGGAAGCAGAAUCCCUGAAGAAAAAAUUGGAGGACGAGAGACAGAAAUUAAACGAUGUUACUUUGGCCACUGUGGCUGAAAGGUUGGAUAUUAUUAAUUAUAUGAAUAUAAAGCCUAGAAGGACUUUAAAGGGGCAUCAGGCCAAAGUUUUGUGUUCUGAUUGGUCUCCCGAUAAGAGGCAUAUCGUUUCUUCAUCUCAGGAUGGUAAGAUGAUUAUUUGGGAUGCUUUUACGACUAAUAAGGAACAUGCCGUUACAAUGCCAACGACAUGGGUGAUGGCUUGUGCAUAUGCACCCUCUGGGAAUUUGGUGGCUUGCGGAGGGCUUGACAAUAAGGUUACUGUGUAUCCUCUUAGUUUGGAUGAAGAUGUUACUUUGAAGAAGAAAACUGUGGGGACACAUACAAGUUAUAUGAGCUGCUGCAUUUUUCCUAAUUCAGAUCAACAGAUUUUGACUGGAAGUGGAGACUCAACUUGUGCACUAUGGGACGUUGAAUCAGGUCAACUGUUGCAAAGUUUUCAUGGUCAUUCCGCCGAUGUAAUGUCCAUUGAUUUGGCCCCAUCAGAAACUGGAAACACCUUUGUUUCAGGGAGUUGCGACAAAAUGGUCCUAAUAUGGGACAUGCGGUCUGGACAAUGCGUGCAAUCCUUUGAAGGGCAUGAAUCGGAUGUUAACAGCGUCAAAUUUCAUACAAGUGGGGAUGCAGUUGCCACAGGAAGCGAUGAUGCCACAUGUCGUCUUUUUGAUUUACGUGCGGAUAAAGAGGUGGCUGUCUACAGCAAAGAAAGCAUCAUAUUUGGUGUUAACUCUGUCGAUUUUUCGGUAUCAGGUCGGUUACUUUUUGCUGGUUACAAUGACUACACGGUAAACGUAUGGGACACCUUAAAAUGCGUUAGGGUGUGUUUAUUGUAUGGGCAUGAAAACAGAGUUUCAUGUUUACAAGUUUCGCCAGAUGGUACAGCCUUAUCAACGGGCUCAUGGGACUACACUUUAAGGGUGUGGGCUUAAAAAUGAAGAUUUAUUAUUUAUGUGACAUACAUUACAAGUAGAGUAUUAUAGAUAAAGACCGACAAAUUUAUAUUAAAC